AGAAUAGAGAGGGAAGAGACAUUUAAGAAACUUAUAAAGAAAAAAAAAAAAGAAGAAGUAUUGAUGGAGUUCGAGGCUCUGGAUUGGUUCGUCUGACUUGUUUUUCUAUCUGGAACUUGGAAAAGCCUGUAAGAUUUGGUGGCCGAACUGAGGACAUGGAUUUUUCAGAGUCUACACGAGUUGUUUUCAACAGAAUCCAGAAACUAGAACCAGAUAAUGUUUCUAAGAUUAUUGGGUAUCUACUGCUUCAAGAUCAUGGGGACCGGGAGAUGAUACGGUUGGCUUUUGGUCCUGACAGUUUGAUUCAUUCCUUAAUCAAUAAGGCAAAAGCUGAACUUGGACCAGCUUUACUCUCGCCUGGUUCUAUGAAUCCAACACCCAUUUCAGAUCUGCCCCUGCAGUUCACUCCCUUUUCACCAGCUUCUUCACGACCGUUCUCAUCGCCGGCCACAUUUAGGGUUGCUGCUCCUUAUUGGGAACCACAGGUCACAACUGACCAGCAAGGAGUACAAAACAUGGACUUUAUUCCACCUACAUAUGGGGAUUCUCUCUCUGAUGAAUAUCUCCACAAUCAAGCUCAGUUUUUGAGCUUGGAGGAUCAGUUAGAAGCUGUUAACAACGUGGCACCAGAUUUUUCAAGCAAUUAUUAUUAUCCUGAACCCUCAUUGGGCACUCUAAGUGCAAGAACCAGUCGGAGAUCUCCAAGCCUUCCUGAAUUCCCGGUGAAGGCUUGCCACUACUUCAACAAAGGGUUUUGUAAGCAUGGAACCAACUGUAGGUAUUUCCAUGGCCAAUCCUUUUCAGAUAGCUUCUCUCAGAUCUUCAGCUCAAAUCCGAAUGAGCUGGUUAAUGAUGAUCAUAUGUUCACACCGGGUUCGCUUGAGAAAUUAGAGUUGGAGCUUACAGAGCUCUUGAAAUCCAGACGGGGCGUCCCUGUAUCGAUUGCUUCUCUUCCAAUGAUGUAUUAUGAAAAGUAUGGGAGGACCCUACAGGCAGAGGGUUACCUCACAGAGAGUCAAAGGCAUGGGAAGGCUGGUUACAGUUUGACAAAGCUUCUUGCGCGAUUGAAGGAUAGCAUUCGACUUAUUGACAGACCUCAUGGGCAGCACUCGGUGGUCUUGGCUGAAGACGCCCCGAGAUACAUGGAGUAUAGGGGUGAGAGAAGUGAUCCAGGUGUAAUUGUUGCAGGGUCUCGACAGAUUUAUCUGACGUUUCCCGCUGAGAGCACUUUUACUGAGGAAGAUGUUUCCAACUAUUUUAAGAGCUUUGGGCCUGUUCAAGAUGUUAGGAUUCCCUGUCAGCAGAAAAGAAUGUUCGGUUUUGUGACUUUUGUCUAUCCAGAGACCGUGAAGAUAAUUUUGACUAAGGGGAACCCCCAUUUUGUAUGCGGUGCUCGUGUUCUUGUGAAACCCUAUAGGGAAAAAUCCAGACUUGUAGACAGAAAGUAUUCUGAGAAAAUUGAUUCUCCGGCAUACUACCCAUCUCACUUCUUUGAAAUGGAUCCUGAGCUUCAGUCAAUGCCCAGAAUCUUCGGGAAUUCUAGACUGUUCAGGAAGCAGCUUAUGGAAGAGCAUGAACAAGCUCUUGAACUUGAGAGAAGGCGUCUCACUGAAUUGCAGUUGGUGGCUAAACAAUUGACUCAGCCAUAUUUUGGUUACUCCAUGGAUGAAUUGAAACUGUCAGAAGCUUCUGGAGAUCACAAAGAGUUGACUUCAGCUGAUCGGUUCAAUUACUUGCUGAAUGUUCUAAACAAUGGUUCAACUAGUGAUGACAAAGCAAGGCACACAAUCACAAAUUAUACUGAACAGGAGAGCCAAGGACUUAAUCUCCCCGAGAGUCCAUUUGCAUCUGCAAUACCAAGCAGUAUUUCUACAGUGAUAUAGAUUCAGAAACAGAGACAAGAUAUAGAGGUAGAGUACUGGAUUUCGAGUCUAACGCUUCGAAUGCAAUACAAUAGCCCCCCCCCCCCCUUCCCCCACAUGUAAAAAAGUUUCCCAACCAAAACUCCAUUUUAGUUUUUUCCUUUUACCCUCCCUCCCUGCAUUCAUCUCAAGCAUAGCCAUCAAGUACUGUACGAGUUCAUACUGAGGAAGAAAGUCAGAAAGAUCGAAGCUUCUUCUCCCUGAUACAAUGGGGUGGAGGAGGAGGUUUCAAAUAGAGGAACCAAUCAUACAGAAAGUUAGAAAGCUACAUGUAACAAGUUUCUACACUUUUAAAAAAAAUAUAUAUAUAAUCACAGAAAGCAAGCAAAAGGUCUGGAUCUUAGAAGAGAAUGUAUCAUAGUCUGCCUUAGUGGAAGAAAAAAGCUACAGAAUAUGCAGAGUUCAGAGAAAGAAGAAAGUGUAGAAUCUCUGCAACACUUAGAAACAGAUGGAAAUAAUUUUACUUCAAACAAAGUGGUAGUAGAAUCUUUAUACCAAAAA